GAGUCCUUCCCGGUUCCUAUUUCUAUAACCAUUUGAACUCAAAUUCCUCCCUUCUUCCCAUCUACGUACCAAAACAACUCUCCCCCUCUAUCUCUCUUCCAUAUCUUCAUAGUCCUUCUCAUUUCCUAUUUCUAAACCUAAUUGAAUUCAAAUUCCUCCAUCUUCCCAUCUACAUACCAAAACAAGGAGAAAGAAAUCAUGGUUGAUUCACUCAUCUCCAUCGCACUGGAGAAGUUGAACACCAUACUUGAAGAUGAGGUGGUUUUGUUGGUGGGUGUCACGAACGAGAUCAAAAAGCUUUCCAGUACGUUCACCUUGCUCCAAGCUGUGCUUAAAGAUGCUCAAACUCGGCGAGUGAAGGAUGAAGCUGUGAAGAAGUGGUUGGAGAAUCUCAAAGACGUGGCCUACGAUGUGGAUGACAUACUAGAUGAAUGGACGACGGAAGCUCUCAAAUCACAAGCACCUGAUGAAGACGGUGUGUCCUGUUUCAGUAAGAAGAAGGUAAGAAGCUUCCUGUCGCCUGUUAACUGCUUCAAUCAUGUCGUGUUACGCCAAAAAAUUGGGAGUAGGAUAAAGGAGGUGAGGGGUAGAUUAGAUGAUAUCGCCAAAGAGAUGAGCCAAUUUCAUUUUAUUAUGAUAAAUACUGGCGUGAGUGAGAGGGUGGAUAGUGAAGUGGGGCGGGGAGAGAUCAGAGAGCGAGAGAGAGGCUCCCUACUCGACCGACCGUCAGUUGUUGGUAGAGAAGAUGACAAAAAUGAAAUCCUAAACUUGUUGCUGAGGGAGAGUACUGGACAGGUGAAUGAGGUGCCCUUUGUCAUUUCUAUCGUUGGAAUGGGGGGGUUGGGGAAGACCACCCUUGCUCAGCUCGCCUACAACGAUGAGAAAGUCAAGGGGCAUUUUGAGAUGAGAAUGUGGGUAUGUGUUUCUGAAGAUUUCAAUGUGAAACGAAUUACGAAGUCAAUCAUUGAAUCUGCAACCGGGUCUAGUUGUGAGGAUCUAGACCUGAACCUGUUGCAAAGUCGUCUCCACGAAAUGUUGCAUGCAAAGCGAUUCUUGCUUGUGCUUGAUGACAUUUGGAGUGAAGACAAUGAGAAGUGGGACAAACUGAAACUUCCCUUCCAAACUGGUGCAUCAGGGAGUCGAAUCAUCAUAACCACUCGUAGUGAAAACGUUUCGUUUGCAAUGGGAGGGCGUCACAUGCACAAACUAGCAGUCUUAUCCGAUGAUGAUUGCUGGUUAGUGUUCAGGCGUAAAGCGCUUGAGCAUCGAAGUGCUGAAGAGCGUUUGGAGUUGGAAGAGAUUGGAAGGGAAAUCAUAAAGAAGUGUGGAGGGGUGCCUCUCGCAGCAAAGACAAUAGGGAGUGCCAUGGGCUCGAGAAGGACAAGAAGGGAGUGGGAGCUCAUCUUGGAAAGCGAUGUAUGGAAUUCACAUGAUGUCUUACAAGGCAUUUUACCAGCUUUGUUACUCAGCUACUAUGACUUGCCUCCUGCUUUGAAGCAAUGCUUCACAUAUUUCUCCAUCUUCCCGAAAGAUUGGGAGAUAGAGAAGGAUAUGAUAGUCAAGCUAUGGGUGGCACAAGGUUUCAUUCGCUCUGACAGAAGCAGAGAUAUGGAGGAAACUGGUGGGCUGUAUUUCGAUGAUUUACUAAGACGCUCAUUGCUCCAAGAUGCAAAACUCGACAGUGACAACAACAUGCGUUGGUGCAAGAUGCAUGAUUUAGUUCAUGAUCUUGCACAAUCUGUUGCAGGAAGUGAGUGUUCAGUGGUGGAGAUGAGAAAGCAAUCCUCAUUGAACCUAAAUAAUCUCCGCCAUUUGUUUUUAAUUGACAGUGAUGAUGCAGGCGACAGAGAUUGGACCACCUUGUAUAAGGCACAAAAGUUGUGGACGUUGCUACACGACUCAACAAUCUCCAGGGUGCCAAACAAUUUAUUUCAUCAUUUCAGGCACCUCAGGGCAUUGGACUUGAGUCACACUAGCAUUCAGAAAUUGCCCCGAACACUGGGAAAAUUGAAGCACCUGAGAUAUCUUGAUUUAUUGGGGACAUGGAUAGAGGAGUUGCCAGAGGGGGUGAGUAAUUGUAGAAAUUUACAGACCUUGAAACUCAAUUGGUGUCAUAGGCUUAAAAAACUGCCUACAGAGAUGGGGAAAAUAAUUAGCCUAAGACAUCUAGAAUUAGAAUACACUGAUGAGUUGAAGUACUUACCGCAGGGCAUAGGGAAACUAAGUAGCCUUCGGACAUUAACAAAGUUCAUAGUGGGGGGUGACGAUGAAGGAUGUAAAUGGGGAGAACUGAAACACCUCAAUCAUCUUCAAGGAAGUCUUCAAAUUACUGUCUUGGAAAAUGUGAGGAGCGGAGACGAAGCUAGAGAGGCAGAACUAAAUAAGAAACAGUACCUUCAUACUCUAACCUUCAAAUACGUCCCCAUGGAUGAUGAAGCGUUGGGUGAUGAUGAGCAGAAAAGAACAGAGGAGGUGCUUGAAAUCCUGCAGCCCCACACAAACUUGAAAGAGUUGAAAAUACUGCAUUACAAAGGUUCCAAGCUUCCCAAUUGGAUAGAGGAUCCCGUGUUCUCCAAUCUAGUCAGGGUGCAACUCUGGUAUUGUGACAGGUGUAAACAAUUGCCAGGUCUUGGGAAACUACCUUCCCUUAAAUACCUUCAUAUUGAAGGAAUGGAAGAGGUGAGAAAGGUGGGUAGUGAGUUUAGUGGUGAAGAUAACAAUAAGGGAAGUGGUGGUGGUGGUCGUGUUGUCUCAUUCCCAAAGCUGGAGAGCCUCACCUUCUACUACAUGACAAAUUGGGAAGCGUGGGAAUUGAGAGGUGGAGAUGAUGGAGAGGUUAUGCCAUCACUCCUGGAAUUAGGAAUAGAAAACUGCCCAAAGCUAAAGGCAUUGCCCAGCAACCUUCCACCGCUCCUCCAGAAGCUGACUUUGUAUGCAAGUGAUGUUGGAAUGUCAUCCGGUGUGCCCUUACCCGUCCUCCCCAACCUAAACCAUUUGGUGAUUUUUUAUAAUCCAGAGCUGACAUCGUUCCCAUGUGGUUGGUUGGGACAACUCAAAGCCCUCCAAACUCUGGAGAUCCAGUAUUGUCGUAAUUUAAGGUCUCUACCAGAGGAGUUGCAACACCUCACCAUGCUUCAACAAUUAAAGAUCUGGAGCUGCCCAGAGUUGAGAUCUCUACCAGUGGAGUUGCAACACCUCACCAUGCUUCAACAACUGAAUAUCUUCUUGUGUCCAGUCUUAGAAGAACGCUGCCGAGAAGGAGGAGAAGAUCGCUACAAGAUUGCCCACAUCCCCAAUAUCACAUUGACGUCGCAUUUAAGAGGAGUUGGAGAGAGAAAUCAACGAUAGCUUUUCAUUUGCUUCUCUUUCCCCAAACUGUGUUGUUGCUGUGUGUAUAACUGCUCUACUUUUCUUUUUUGUUGUUAAGUGAAAAGAUGUUCAUCAGAUGUUGAUUGCCUUUUUUUUUGUUCCACACGGACGCAACUUGGCUGCGAAUCCAGCCACGUGGGUGUGACCCUAACCGUGGUGCCCAAUUCAAUGUUUUCCUUGUAUAUCUACGCCCUCUAUCGGUUUUUUCACUUCAUUUUAUGGAAUGGGCAUGAAAAUGAAUAAGAUUCAAAUUUUAGGUGGACCACACUACAUGAAUCAGCAAUUAAUGACCAUUAAAAGCAUUUUGUUGGCCACAAAAGUUUUGGAUCAAGUUGAUAAUUGUGUUUUCCUUUCAUCCAUAUCAGUGU